AGAAAGAAAGACAUUGACAGAACAGAAGAACAAGAGUUAAGAUAGUUAUAGAUAUAGAGAGAGAUAGAGAGAGCGGUUUUUUCAGUUGCUAUAAAACAACAAUGGUGUCUGAUCAGGACAUAGCAAAAGGGGUGGAGUUUCUACUCCGUCACUCUGACCCCAACUCCAUAACAACAGUAAACGGUGUCGUUCAGCAGUUGGAGGCUCAACUAGGGUUCGACCUUUCCCACAAAGCUGGUUUCAUCAGAGACCAGAUCGACCUUCUUCUCCGCUCACAACCACCGCCAUUUCUUCCUCCUCCGCCACACAAAGACCAUUUUCCCCUUAACCAACAACAACAACAGCAACCCUACUUCCCAACCACCCAAUCUCACCACCACUUUCCUCCCCAUUUUGCCCUUCACUCCCAUCAUGAGAUCAACUUCCAGCAGCAGCACCACCACCCUCCUCCGCCACCGGCGAGUAAAGGCCACGUUGAUGCACCCAAACAAAGUGUUGCUACUGGAGGCAAAAGAAGAGGCGGUGCAGGUGGUUUAAACAAAGUGUGUGGUGUUUCUCCUGAACUUCAGCCAAUUGUUGGCGAGUCCGAGCUGCCAAGAACUGAGAUUGUGAGACAGCUUUGGGCAUACAUAAGGAAAAACAACCUCCAAGAUCCUGGUAACAAAAGAAAGAUAAUCUGUGAUGAUGCUCUGCGUGUGGUGUUUGAGACAGACUGCACUGACAUGUUCAAGAUGAAUAAGUUACUAGCUAAACACAUUAUCCCACUUGGGCCUACAAAGGCGCCACAAGCUAAACAAAUGAAGGUGGAGGCUGAAUCUGCACUUGAAAUGGCUGGACCUGCUUCACAAGCUAAACGAAUGGUGGAAGCUGAAUCUGCACUUGAAAUGGCUGAACCUGCGCCACAAGCUAAACGAACGAAGGUGGAAGCUGAAUGUGCUCUUGAAAUGGCUGAACCUGCACAACAAGCUAAAGGAACGAAGGUGGAAGCUGAGUAUGCACUUGAAAUGGCUGAACCUGCUUCGUCUACUGUGACAAUAUCAGAAGCACUUGCCAAAUUUUUGGGCACUGGGGAAAGGGAAAUGCUACAAUCUGAAGCCACAAGACUUGUUUGGGAGUACAUCAAGCUCAAUCAUUUGGAGGAUCCUUUAAAUGCAAUGGUGAUAGUAUGUGAUGCAAAGCUUCAGGAGCUACUUGGAUGUGAAAGCAUUUCAGUUUUAGGAAUACCAGAGAUGCUAGCACGUCAUCAUCUAUUUAAAGUUUAAACAGUCCAACACCUGUUAAUGCUGAUCAAUUAGUGUCAUAUAAGGGUAUGGUCCACAUGAAGCGAUAAUUAUCUGUUUCUUUGUGUUGCUGAUCGUAUAGGAACUUCUUACUUAUUCCUGUAACUUUCACUGUUUUUUAAUCUCUUUAUUCAUUGACAUAUUUAAACCAUAUAUAUAUUGUCUAACAGUGUUAGGUUCAUUGCUUAGAAUGACAAUACACCUUAAGCUAGGCAAGAAGUAUGUUGUAUUUAUAAUAUGACCAGAGAGUUAGGUUGUUCUGCAUGUCUCAAUGUGUAAUCUCAACUGACAAAAGGAAAUUGAACUCACAUUACUGGUA